CUUUACGGUUGUUGACAAGGACCUUCUCUCCACAAGGGCGCUCCUGUCCUCUGUCCUCUGACCUGACGGGUUCUGAGCUGACGACACCCGGGCUUGAACCCUUCUUCCCUCCUCAUGACGCCCUGAGUGCGACACACUCGCAAACGCGCUCCCGGACAUAUACCUGCUCCUCUUGCUACGUGACGCAUUCAUCCGCCUUUCUUAACGACGUAAAACUGGACGAGACGCUCGAACCGGACCUCAUUUACGAUUAGGGGCACAACAGAUACCCAGACCGAAGAUCACGACUAUUGACGAGAACUGCACGAACUACGACAGCAACAAUCCCGCUCCCACCCAUCUCUCCGCUCGGUCUUACGAUGUCGACGCAGACACCACCACUCACCACUGCCUCUACGCUGAGCAGCGGCGACGAAGCAACCUCGCUGCACGAAUUUCCCUUGGCCGAUCCGUCACCUGUUCCCGCAAAAGCGCAUGGCGAGGAAGCAAAGGGAGAGGGAUCGGCGAGAGGAAGGCGUCGCAUGUCGCUGCAGAUGCUCUUCAAGAAGCAUUUUCAGCGCAAGUCGACCUCAGCGGCAGUGCACAAACCUCAUCCGAGCCACAAGACCGUGCCGCCAGAGCACGGCGUCCUCGUCCACAACAAUGGACGGAGCAGGCAUAGCAUGGAAGACAGACGACCGAGGCGCGUCAGCUUCAGCCCAUCUGCCGGAGAGGACGACGAUGACGAGUCGGAAGAGGAGGAGAUGGAGCAUGCAGAGGAACAAAGAGAGCACGCGCAGACCGAGGCCAUUGCAGCGAGCAGGCCAAAAUUGAAGCUGAUGGAACGUGCAAAGGCGCAGCGGAAGCAAGAGGCCCUCGAUCACAGCAGCAAAAGACGCGCCUCUGUCGACGGACUGAGCCUCGCCGUCAACGCACCUGGCGAGCCACUGGAGCCGAGAAGGCGAGUGCGGUCGUUCAGCAUCGAUCGCAUCGGCGUCCAUCUUGGCGUCGCUGCUCUCGAAAAACCUGAGGAUGAAACUUUCGACAAGGGCCUGCCCACGCGACCGCGUCUGACCAGGCAGCAGGUAGUGGCCGCUCGACAUGCACGCACGCUCGAGCAGAUCAUCAUCGGCAACGGCAGCGCAGCCAGUGCCCUCGGCAGCGGAAACAAAGACCACGAGAAAAGAGCGAGGAAACGCAAGGGCGAUCCGACAAAGUGCCGACCGAUUCCCUCGGCAUCGCCCAAAAAGGUACGAGCGCUCAAGAGGGCCCUGCUUGACGUCGACACUGCAAACGACAUCAUCGUGCAACUCAGGGGCAUGCCACAGGACAGCCUCGCCGAGCCUUACAGCCACAAGGAGCGCAUCAUUUCUGCCCCUGCAGACGGCAAAGAAGGCAACAUCACAGCCGUGGCGGAUCAAGAAAAUCGAGUUGCGGUCCAGGAGCCCACGAGCCCAGCCGAAAAGGCUCUCCACGAGAUUCACAGAGCACAUGCACCCGCCGAGAUCCAGACCAGGCGCUCUUCGCUACCAAUCUCAGCACGGCAGUCCAUCCACCGUGACGCAAAGACUCAGACACCCAUGAAGGCUGUCAGUCUCGAUUGUGACGAGGUAGAGGCGUGUCGACGACAUGCAGAGCACCUCGCCAGAAUGCAGCGCUCGGAAUCGGAACCGGCAUUACCAGUCGUGGAGCCCAAAGACGAGCAAGGGACAGGUCAGACCUCUGCAAAGGCCAUCGUGGCGUCGACCGGUACUGGCGCCGCCCUCUUUGGGCUGGGAUACUGGCUGAAGAGGAGCGCUCCUUCAGUGACACCCGUUGGCAAAGCGGCGCAAUUUUCGACGGAGAUUGUCGAGGACAUCCAGGCUGGUGAUGCUGCCGAGAUGCUCAAGGACACAGCACGCUUGGGAGUCGUCGGCUUGGAGGUGGUUCAACCGUUGGCUGGCAAGGUGGCCGAAGGUGUCGAGGAUCAGAUCUUGGGCGAGAAUAAGGUGUCCCCUGAUGUCCCCAGAGAAGGGCAGCAAGAAGGCGGCGUGAUGGCCGUUGAGACGCUCAUCGGACUUCCAACACUGCCACCAGCGAUGCCAAGCUAUGGAGGACCGUUGGCUGGCGUGAAUCCCAUCUCGCUCAUCACAUCUCCAAGGACGACGAUGGCUUCUGCCGCGGCUCAACAGGCAGGUGCCUUUGAUGCAAUUGGUGCAAUCACCGGUCAAGUGAUCCAAUCCGCCAAUGGCGGUGAGGAGGCCAUGCUUGAGGUGCACCCGCCCCUAGACCGACUGGCCAUCUUCGUCCACUGGUGGGGCUUUGAGCUAACGAUGCCCAGGCCCACGAUGAACUACCUCUCUACGGCCCACUCGAUUUCUGGCGCAUUCAUGAGCUUUCUCCAGACCAUGGUUGUCUCGGGUGGCGUGCCUGAGCUCCUGCCAUUCGUCAGGUACAUCUCUCAAUUCAUGGACAUGGAAUUCGCCGCAGUGAAGAGCCAGGACAAGGGUCAGGGUGUCAUUGUGGCGGCUACCUGGUUAAUGCCAAUGGCGCUCAUUCCUCGCCCAUGGGACUACGCGACGACAGCUCCCUCUCCUGCUCCUGCUCAGCCAAAAGCGAAGACGACGGCACCCUCUCUCGCCAGCUAUUCUGCCCAGCGUGCCGCUCUCCACGCGCCAUCGUCUUCUACGGCGCCUCGACCGAGUCCGUCAAGCACCAGCUUGAGCUCCACCCCUAUGCGUUCGGACAGGCUUCCCCCAGAAGAUGUCAGCCCGCACUACCAUCCGAGCGUUUUCGGUGGUGGAUCGGGUGGAUCGGGAUCCAAUCCCUUGGCGCUGAGCUCAAACGUCGACAUUCUCGACAGCCUCGUUGAGCUGCCAGAGGGCAGCGUGAGGGUGAAGACUGCGCUUACCUAGGCCUCUUCGACUGUCUCCUUCUCAAAUUCAUACCAUUAAAGCUUUCUUAGUUCACAACCUUACACUACCUCACCUUCAGUCGAUUUCCUAACAUCUAAUCAAUCAAUACCGGGUAAUACCAAU